AAGCCCAUUGGCCACCGACUCAAACUAGCCCACCUUUAAAAUCUGGAUUAUCUCUCCUCCAGCAAGCCCACAAAUCCCCACUCCAAGAAAAAAAAAAAAACCGUAACCAACCGUACUAAAGCUUGGAUCUGAAGAUCCAAGGUUCCAAACGCCAGUGAUCAUCUGGCCGCCUUAAACCUCUCUUUUGUUAAAUCUUUUUUAUUUCCGUCUCAGUUCUCAGUCUCCACUCUCCAAGCAGUUUCAACAGAAUAGAAAAAGGAAAAGACAUGGCCGUGGACAAAGAUAAGCUUCAAGAAGAAGCCUCCAUUGUUCGUUUCUGUAAAAUAAUUCUCGGUUGGGACUAUUUUCGCCUUCUCAAAUUCUCCAAUAAAAACCACAAAGCUGCGGUGGUGUCGGGUGUAAAAGAAGUGAAGGAUACAUACAAAGACGUUGAUGAUUACUUGGCUACUUUUGAGCCGCUUUUAUUCGAGGAAGUCAAAGCUCAGAUUGUUCAGAGAAAAGAUGAUGAAGAAGUGACGAAUUGGAAGCUGAGGCUGGUUAUGGAAUGCAACGAGGCCGAUGGAUUUCACUUACCUGCCGUUACUUAUGAAGCAGACGAGGAAGAAUCAAUAGCACAGAAUGAUCUCUUGCUGCUUUCAAAAGAGAAGUUUAAAGAGGGUAGUAAGAAACUCCCAACAACAUAUGCAUUUGCAUUGGUGGAGCAUAGACAAAAGAAUCUACUUAGACUCAGAAUGAAUUUAGCUGGAGAGUUCACACAAGUAAAUCCUGAUGUUGAAAAAAUUUCUGAGAGGCUGAUACGUAUGCAAGCUCUUAUUACUUCUUCUGCGAGUGCAGUGGAGAAACGCGUGUUCAGUAUAAAGAUUUGUAGUUUAUCAACUAUUGCACGUGAAUACAUAGCUCUGUGUUCAGUUGGUUCUCUUCCUUUCAAGGAUUUAAUAUUGAAAGCUGCUGAAAGAGAUUCUGGUUUCGAAGACCAAGCCUGGAAAAUAUCUGGAUCCCUUCAUGAUUAUUUUAAAGAGAAUCUUAAUAAAUCUCAACAGGAAGCUAUAGAUGCUGGUCUGUCUCGUAAAGCCUUUGUCCUGAUACAGGGGCCACCUGGAACAGGGAAAACCCAGACCAUCCUUGGACUUUUAAGUGCUAUUUUGCAUGCAACUCCAGGAAGAGUGCACUCCAAGGGUGGAUUGCUUGAACUUAAUCGUGGACCAGAACUACCCAUAGAAGAAAAAUACAAGCAUUGGGGACGGGCUUCUCCAUGGUUAAUGAAUGCUAAUCCCAGAGAUAUUAUCAUGCCCUUUGAUGGUGAUGAUGGUUUCUUUCCCACCUCUGGAAAUGAGUUGAAACCAGAAGUAGUUAAUUCCAGUCGGAAAUAUCGCAUGAGGGUGCUGGUAUGUGCACCGUCGAACUCUGCUCUUGAUGAGAUUGUUUUCCGCCUUUUAAAAACUGGUGUUCGUGAUGAAAAUGUUCGCACAUAUACUCCUAAAAUUGUGCGGAUUGGUCUUAAACCACAUCAUUCUGUGGAGGCAGUCUCUAUGGAUUAUCUUGUUAAUCAAAAGCGUGACUUGGUUGGUGAUAAGCAGAAACAAUUGUCCACAGCUAGGGAUAUAGACAGUAUUCGUGCUGCAAUUUUAGAUGAGGCUGCAAUUGUCUUCUCUACUCUCAGCUUCAGUGGUUCAGCAGUGCUUACUAAACUGAAUUCUGGUUUUGAUGUUGUUAUAAUAGAUGAAGCUGCCCAAGCUGUGGAACCUGCAACUCUUGUUCCUUUGUCCAGUGGGUGCAAACAAGUAUUUCUGAUAGGUGAUCCGGUUCAAUUACCAGCUACUGUAAUUUCACCCAUUGCUGAGAAAUUUGGCUAUGGCACGAGUUUGUUCAAGAGAUUUCAGAAGGCUGGUUAUCCUGUAAAGAUGCUUAAGACCCAGUAUCGAAUGCAUCCUGAGAUAAGAAGCUUUCCUUCAAAGGAGUUCUAUGAUGAGGCAUUAGAAGAUGGAUCAGAUGUUCAAGAUCAAACUACUCGUGACUGGCACAAAUACGGCUGCUUUGGACCAUUUUGCUUUUUCGACAUACAUGAAGGGAAAGAGUCACAACCCUCAGGAAGUGGGUCCUGGGUAAAUAUUGAUGAGAUUGAGUUUGUUCUUGUCUUGUAUCAUAAAUUGAUAACCAUGUAUCCAGAGCUUAAGUCAAGCUCUCAAUUUGCAAUUAUAAGCCCUUACAGACAUCAAGUCAAGCUUUUGCAAGAGCGAUUUCAGGAAACUUUUGGGGUGGAGUCAAAAAAGGUUGUGGAUAUUGGUACCAUUGAUGGUUUCCAGGGACGGGAAAAGGAUGUUGUAAUAUUUUCUUGUGUUAGGGCAAGCAAAGAUAGAGGCAUAGGCUUUGUGUCUGAUUUUCGGCGAAUGAAUGUCGGAAUCACCCGAGCAAAGUCUUCUGUACUGGUUGUAGGUUCAGCAUCAACAUUGAAGAACGAUGAGCAUUGGAGAAACCUAGUAGAAAGUGCUGAGAAACGAGGGUGUUUCUUUAAGGUAACCAAGCCCUAUGUUUCAUUCUUCAGUGAUGAGCAUAUGGAGUCGAUGAAGGUUAUUAACAAGGAUGCACAAAUGGUGGAUAUAGAUGCCCCUGAUAAUGAAAAUAAUGUAGCCUACAAUACGGGUGGGGAUGCUGAUCAAGGGCCAGUAGAAGACAAUGACUAUGGAGAUGGAGGUGGAGAUGAAGGGGGAUUUGAUGACGACUAAACGAAGUUUUAGGAUGGGUAAAUCUUCAAAUGCUUUGUUGACAGCCUAGACGGGUUUACAGGCAAUUACCCCCAACUGAAGAAAUCCUUCUUUUUUAGUUUUUAGGGGUAUAUCUUAUUAAAACUUAAAUCCGUUCUAAAGCGUCUUUUUU